CUCAUCUCCGCCAACCUCACACAAUCGCCCCAAACUGGCGACUCACCAAAUACGCCCAACCCCUCGUCAAUGCCAGUUUCCGGUGGUGCGAAUGCGCCUGCGCUCAGCCCCUCGAAUGUGGGCGGCGAGUGUCGUGUGAACACCGGAGCUGGCGGCUCCGCUGAUGUGCCCAGCGGCGCAAUGAGUCCAGAUGCGCUCUCGCAAAACUCCAAUAACACAACUGGCGGCGGCGGCGGUAGUGGCGGUAUUAAAAAUCCUGUCGGUGGCGGUGCGCUCGAUGGCGCUGGUGUGGCGGGCUUGGGUGUCGGCGGACCUGGUGUUGGUGGUUCUUGCUGUGAGAAUGGACGCCCAAUUAUGACAGAUCCCGUCUCCGGACAGACAGUGUGUUCGUGUCAAUAUGACUCCGCACGUUUGGCGCUCUCGAGCUACUCCCGCUUGCCAGCGGCGAGUGUUGGCGUCUAUGGCACGCCUUAUCCUUCGACAGAUCAGAAUCCUUAUCAAAGCAUUGGCGUGGAUAGUUCGGCGUUCUAUUCGCCGUUGAGCAAUCCAUAUGCAUUGAAAGAUUCAGCUGGUGGCGCAGAAAUGACUGCUUGGACGUCAGCUGGGCUACAGCCAACUACUGGAUAUUACUCAUACGACCCGAUGUCCGCUUAUGGAUAUGGUCCCAGUUACGAUUUGGCCGCACGCCGUAAGAAUGCCACGCGCGAGUCUACAGCCACUCUGAAAGCCUGGCUCAACGAGCACAAAAAGAAUCCCUACCCCACCAAAGGUGAGAAGAUUAUGCUGGCCAUCAUUACAAAGAUGACGCUGACGCAGGUGUCCACGUGGUUCGCGAACGCACGACGACGGCUAAAGAAAGAAAAUAAAAUGACUUGGGAGCCAAAGAAUCGCACCGAUGACGAUGACGAGGCGAUGGUGUCCGACGAUGAGAAGGAAAAGGAUGAUUUGGAUAGUGAAAAGGGAGCGCAGAGCCUGCACGGUGGUAGUACCGGCGGCGGCGGGCAGCGGAAAGAGCUCGAAAAGGAUGACGACGAUCUGCCCGAUGACGAGCCCAAACCCUUAGGUCCACAUCCCAAUGAUGUACGCAGCUUAGGCAUGGGCUAUCCUGGCGCUGGCGGCACUGGCAGUGCAGCUGGCGGCAGCUACCACAGCUCCGGCGGCACGUCGAACCAUCCACACGGCUAUCAUCCCUACCAUCACCAGCAUCCCGCUUACUAUCAGCACCAGCAGGCACUAUUGGCCGCAAGUGGCUAUCCAACUGGCGGCAUGCCAGGCGUUAAUAGUAACAUUAACAAUAACAACAACAACAACAACAACAACCCCAUGAACAAACAUGACGGCAGCGAUUCAAAAAACCAGCUGAGCCGGGACUGUGGCGUGCCGAUUCCAGCAAGCAAGCCCAAAAUCUGGAGUUUGGCCGACACAGUCGCCUGCAAGACCCCACCGCCCGCACAGACGGCAGCAUACAUGGGCCAAACGCAGCAGCAGCAGCAGCAGCAGCAGCAGCAGCACGCAUUGCAGCAGGCGCAGGCGCAGGUGCAGGCGCACAUGAACCACAGCGCUAUGGGCAGCCAUAUGGGCUUGUCACAACAGCAGGCAGCGCAGCAGCAGCAACAGAUGCAGCAGUCGUCAGCGCUGAGCGCACCACCGCCCCCCACAGCGCAUAUGAUGAUGAGCAAUUACGGCGGCGGCAGCACAGCCUACUCGCGGGCGCCGCCUACCACAGCUUACGGGGGUUUUCUAGGGGCUACAAUGCAGCAGCUGCAUACUACGAACAAUAUCCCAUACACCAACAGCAGCGGCAGCAGCAACCUCAGUCACCAACUCAGCAGCAACAACAACAACAACAACAACAUUAUCAACAGCAGCAGCGUCCAGGGCAUUACCAAUACCACCCCUACCAACAACACCCGUAUUACGAAUACUACGGCGCAACAGGCAGCAGCGGUGGCGGCGGCGGCGGCGGCGGCAGCAGUGGCAACAGCACCACCACCCCCACCGCCAACGCAUAUGCGUGCGAGCAACAACAACAACACCAGCGCACUACACCAUCCGUACGCAGCGGCUCAGCGGGGGAUGGGGUUUCCCGAAGCCCAACCCGAUACUCCACCCCAAACUCCGCCGAAUAUGAAGUUGCAGAGCGUGGCGGCGAAUCUCUUGCUUACCGCUUCGCAAAUCCCUACGAUCGCUACUUGUCGCAGUAAUAGCAAUGGCGCCGGUGGUUAUGGUGCUGCACACGCAAGCGGCCUACAUGGCUAUGCGAUGNCGCCGAAUGAUUCGCCUUACAAGGCGCGGUAUAAAAGCCAACAAAUCGCUGGAUUUGUGUCGCCCGUCUAAAAGUCCAGAUUUGCAUAGGCAAAAUAUAACUUCGUCACAAGGAUUUUCAAGCUUUGAGACGUUUUCAACCAUUUGGGACUUUGUGCAAAUAUUUACGAAAUUAACGAAGAAAAAAAUAGGAAUCAAAUAAUGCUGGAAUAUUUUUUAAAUAAUAAACAAAAGUUCUUUAUGAACACUAUGUUUGAAUAGUCAUAAGUGCAUAUUUAGUUAAGCCCACAAGCAAUUUAACCCUUUAAAUAUAAACAAAUAAAAAAAAAUCUCUACAUUGAUACAAUUCUGAAGUAUGUUUGUAAGCACUAAGCAAAAAUUUUUGACUGUGAUAAAUCUACGGAAAACACGCUAGAUUACUUAUUGGGUGUAAACUCUUACUAAAUAGUACAUACACGUACAGACACAUGUGCAAAUAUACCUUACAAAUACAUACAUAGAUACAUAAAAACUAACAUUAAUACAUGCAUACAUGAAAUAUUU